AAUAGCAGGUGGUUAGAGAAGAGGGUUGUGUUUUCAAUGGUGUUGUGUGGUGGCUACACAAUGAUGUGCUGGUGGUUGUGGUUGAUGUGGGUUGUGGCUGUUAGGAAGAGGACAGAGCAGUUGUCGGAGAAGGGAAAGAGGGAAGAGCACGCAGUUGCUAGAGAAGGGGGG